AUGGCCAUGCCUUGCCGUAUCAUCCUAAUCAUCUUCUUACUUCGUUUCUUUCUUGCGCUCCGCGUUGCCGGAGUUCAAAUUAUCUCCAAAUCGAAGCUUGAGAAGUGCGAGAAGAACUCUAACUCCGACAAUCUCAAUUGCACAACCAAAAUCGUAGUUAACAUGGCCGUUCCCAGUGGCACGAGUGGAGGAGAGGCGUCGAUUGUUGCAGAAUUGGUGGAAGUUGAGGAAAAUUCAACCAACAAAAUGCAGACAUUGCGGAUUCCACCUGUGAUAACGGUCAACAAAACUUCUGCUUAUGCAUUGUAUGAGUUAACAUAUAUACGAGAUGUUCCUUAUAAACCCGAGGAGUAUUAUGUUAAGACACGCAAAUGUGAGCCAGAUGCAGGUGCAAAUGUCGUGAAGAUAUGCGAGAGACUGCGAGAUGAAGAGGGUCAUAUCAUUGAGAACACCCAGCCAAUAUGUUGUCCAUGUGGGCCCCAGCGGCGGAUGCCUUUAUCAUGUGGAAACUUUUUUGACAAAUUGACAAAAGGAAAGGCCAACACUGCACAUUGUGUCCGUUUUCCAGGUGAUUGGUUUCAUGUUUUUGGCAUUGGGCGGCGAACAUUGGGAUUCAGUGUUCGAAUACAGGUGAAGAGUGGAACUAAAGUUUUGGAAGUGGUUGUGGGUCCUGAAAACAGAACAGUGAUCUCUGAUGAUAAAUUUUUGAGGGUUAAUCUUAUUGGAGAUUUUGUUGGGUAUACAAAUAUACCAUCUUUUGAGGAUUUCUAUCUUGUUGUACCAAGGCAGGUACGCUUCCCUGGUCAACCACAAGAUUUAGGGAGAAACAUUUCUAUGUGGAUGCUACUUGAAAGAGUGAGAUUUACAUUAGAUGGUAUUGAAUGUAACAAAAUUGGUGUCAGUUUUGAAGCUUUCAAUCGACAACCAAAUUUUUGCUCUUCACCCUUUUGGACUUGCUUGCAUAAUCAGUUGUGGAAUUUUCGGGAGGCUGACCUGAAUCGAAAAAGUAGGAAUCAGGUGCCACUCUAUGGUUUGGAAGGAAGGUUUGAAAGGAUAAAUCAACAUCCAAAUGCUGGGAUUUAUUCUUUCUCCAUAGGAAUUACAGAGGUUCUUAAUACAAACCUUGUGAUAGAAUUAAGUGCCAAUGAUGUAGAAUAUGUUUAUCAAAGGAGCCCUGGGAAGAUUAUUAGUGUUAGCAUCCCGACAUUUGAAGCCCUAACUCAAUUUGGAGUUGCUACAAUCACAACCAAGAAUACUGGUGAGGUUGAAGCAUCAUAUAGUUUGACGUUUAACUGCUCCAAGGAUAUCGCCCUGAUGGAGGAACAUUUUUUAAUAAUGAAGCCAAAUGAGAUUACAACUCAAUCAUUCAAAAUCUACCCAAACACUGAUCAAGCUUCAAAAUAUUUCUGUGCAGCCAUAUUAAAGGACUCUGAUUAUAAUGAAGUAGAUAGAGCUGAAUGUCAAUUUGCUACCACAGCAACUAUUCCUGACAAUGGAACGCUGGUUUGUUCUUUCCUGGGUAUCCCUUUUCAACCACCAGAAACCAGUAUAAAUGGUUUCUUUGAUUCUAUAGAAAGCAUAUGGAAUAGAAUAUGGACAUGCUUAGUAGAAUUUAUCACUGGAAAAACUUGCAGACAAAAAUGCUCUGGGUUUUUUGACUUCAAGUGCCACAUACAAUAUGUAUGCCUAAGUUGGAUAGUGAUGUUUGGUUUGUUUUUGGCAAUUUUUCCUUCAGUGCUUGUGCUAUUAUGGCUUUUGCACCAGAAAGGUCUAUUUGAUCCUCUUUAUGACUGCUGGGAGGAUAUCAUAGGCACUGAUGAACAGAUUAUCAUGGAUAAACGUAUGUAUAAAAUUGACAAGGGCCAUCACCGUAUUCGUCAUGACAAGCAUCAUCAUAAGCAAGAACUUAGGCACCCUAGCUAUGGUGCUCAAUAUAGGCAAAGGAACAAUUAUGAGCAUAAGCACAAGCAUUCUGAAAGUAACUCUGAUUAUUUACACCAUGUUCAAAAGGAAAUGCACAAGCAUGGACAUAAAAAAAGGAACAUGGAUAAUGUGUUGCGUUUUGAUCCUGACAAUCCUGCACAUCACAGACACAGAAAGGAACGUGAUAAUUCAAAGGGACUAGUUAAAGUGAAAAGGUUGAAGCGUAAUAAAAUGAGGCUAGAAAAUUAUGACAAACACAAACAAGUUCUGUUAGAUGAGCAAGAGGAUGGGUUGAGAGAGUUGUAG